UCUGGUACUGUGGGCAUGCCCAAAGGUGUCAUGAUAUCCCACGAUGCCGUACUCUAUGCAGUCCAGGCCUUGAAUAAAAAUCUGCCAUUUUUAGAACCAGGUCGGGAGUCCUGUAUCACCUAUUUACCCCUAAGUCAUAUAGCUUCACAGUUCUUCGAUAUUUUCCUUGGUAUGCUGAAUGGUGCAGUGGUGUAUUUUGCCGAUCGUAAUGCCAUGAAAGGAACCCUGUGUGAAACCCUGGUGGAGGUUAGGCCCACAUGGUUUUUCGGGGUACCGCGUAUAUUUGAAAAACUCAUUGAAAGGCAAAGGAAAUUGGAAGCGAACCUGGAGGAUGAGGGACAAAGGAAAGCAUUCAAGGAAGCACGCAGAAGCAUGCUGAAAUAUUAUGUGGACCAAAUGGGAGCGGGCAAUCACCGAUUAGUAUCUCCACCCGGCUGGGCCUCAGAAGUUUGCCAUGAACAAAAAGUAGCUCUGGGUUUAAAUACCUUAAAAAUUUGCUUUGCCGGUGGCGCCCCUGUGUCGGAUGACAUAAAACGCUAUUUCCUCAGCCUUGAUUUACCACUAGUGGAGGCCUUCGGCAUGUCUGAGACCUGUGGUGGAGUGUGCUAUGAUUUCCAACGACCGAACUUACAUACCAGUGGUCAGGGCAUAGGAGAUGCUGAAUUUAAAAUCCACGAACCUGAUAGAGAAGGGGAGGGAGAGAUCCUCAUAAGGGGACGUUUCAAUUUUAUGGGUUAUUUAAAGGAACCACAAAAAACUAAGGAGGCCUUUACCGAGGAUGGCUACAUCAGAAGUGGUGAUAGGGGCCACCUGGAUGCCGCUGGGAAUCUUUAUAUUAAUGGGCGCAUAAAGGAGGUUAUCAUUACCUCAGGUGGGGAAAAUAUAUCCCCUAUACCGAUUGAGGAUAUUAUCAAAAAAGAAUUGCCCUGCAUCAGCAAUGCCAUGGUGAUUGGGGAUAAUCGGAAGUAUCUAACGGUACUCCUUACAAUGAAGACUUAUAUUAAUCCCGAUACGGGCUAUCCGACAAAUAUCCUUUUACCCGAGGCCAUACAAUGGUUGAUAACCCUUGGGGUACACUGUAAAAAAUUGGAUGAUAUUCUGAAUAUUCAAUUACCAGAAAGCUUCGAAAAUUUCCAACCCAAUGGAGCUGAGGUUAGACUUGAUUCCAGGGUGUUCCAUGGUCUAACGGAUGGGAUUAAUCGAUAUAAUGAACGAGCCCUUUCGAAUGCCCAGAAAAUUCAAUACUUUCAGGUGUUGCCACAUGAUUUUACCAUAGCCACGGGGGAAUUGG